AUGAAGUCGCAAAGGAAGACUGAUGUGGUCAAGCUGAAGCACAUCCCGAAGUGCUUCACUUGCGGCGUCAAGGACGAACGGCCUUUGCAGCAGUGCGCAUGUUGUCCAAUGUCGCCGCUCAGCGUCGAUUUGGAAUCUGAGCUCCCCCUCCCUCUGCUCCAGCUCAGUUUGAACCCAAAGACCCUGAUAUGA